AUGUACGCCCCGCAACCUGGACAUGGGUAUGAAGCUCGUGAGAAUUAUUUCCGUUUGGCCCACGCGUGCUGGGAGCGACUGGUGAGGAGUUAUCAUACAGCUUUGCCCAUCCUGGUGGGGGACAUGAAUCUCCCAACAUUCUUGCUCUCCGAUUCUGCUGCUUCGGUUCAUGCUUCUGGCGAUGAUCGGCUGAAUCUUUUGUUCAGUCAGCACUUUGCCAGUGAUGGAUGCCUUCUCAAUGCACGCCCGCCACACCUAGCCACGCAUAUCAAAGGCAAUAUCCUUGACCUUGCCAUUGCCUACACAUCCUCAAGUCAGGAUUGGUCAUUCCGUGUCAUCCACGAAUUACGUGUUGCGGGGAGUGAUCAUUUCCCACUCGUUGUUGGCAUUCCUGGCUUGGCAAUUCGUGGUGCUGGUUGCACCAGGGAUCCCAAAUGGUGCUCCUUCAAGGACUUCCCGAUCCAGCAAUUCAUAGAUGAGGUAACACCGCUGUUGCAAUCUUUGCACUCGUGGUUAUCAACGCACUUGUGGCCACCACCUUCUGACCCCGCAGAGUUACGUGAUGUUCUACUUCAGGGUGCUGCUGUUCUGAGUGCUCUCCUCUUAGGUGUGCUGUUCCAGUCAAACUCCCCGUAUGGUCGCUUCUCCAUGAAACCGGAUGGGGGCAAGAAGCGUCGGCUUAAGCUAUCUGCUAAACUGCGCUUGGCCAUCCAGAGAAUGCGCGAGAGUCGAGGUACAGCGUCUUACGGGCCAUUGCAGCGGACUGUCAAUCGUGCUCUUAAGGCCCACCGUCUCAAGCGCUACACAAGCUUGACCGGUCAACCUCAUGAUUGCUUCAGAUUUGCACCCAAUAAAAAGACGUUUGACUGGAUUCGUGAUGAGAUCAACCCGGACGCCACUGCUUCCCACAUGAUUACCGUCGACAAUGAGUUAUUGGGUGAUCAGGUUGCUGCUGAUAUUUGGGUUGAAUUCCUAAGGUCACAAACCUCCUGGGAUGGACAGCUGUCGCCGGAGGUUCUGCUGCAGUUAUACCAAGGCCACCUUGAGGAACGUCCUUGUGAGGAUCCUCCCAGGGAAACUGCACGUAGUAGAUACCGUGAUGCUCGGCAGUGGUUGAGGGAGUUACCUGUUGAAGACCGUGCUGAGAGCCUCAUACAGUGGACUGAGUUCUGUGACUCCUUGGUUGGCCUUAAUGCCUCGGCGGCGCCGCCGCCCACUGAAGCUGUGCCUGUCUCCAUCUUGAAGCCACCCUGUGAACCGCUUCGUGCUUGCUUGAUUGGGUUGUUGAACCUUGCCAUUCUGUGUGACUUUCUGCCCCCGGCUUGGUGCGUUGUGGUCAUCGUUCCUUUGCUCAAACCUGGUAAGCCAAAGAAUCGCAUUGAGUCACACAGACCGAUUUCCUUGAUGCCUUUGGCCCUCAAGCUUCUGGACCGCAUCAUGUUCCACCGUGUUUGGCCCGCUAUACGCUCACAAGCGCUUCCUUGGCAGCUAGGUGGGAGCAAGGGCCCUGAUCUGGCCAUCGCGUACAUGGGUGACAUGCUGAGGUUAAGGGCUAAGCGCCUCAUCGACUGCGUGGUGGUUUUGUUGGAUGGCCAAUCUGCUUACUGCAGGCCCCCUCCUCUUGCCAUGGUAUCUUGCUUACGCAGGCUGAAGCAGCUGAGAAGUGACGACAUUCGUAUCAUUCACCUGGUGCUUGGCAGUAUCUGCUCCAAACCUGUUGUUUUGGGGCGUGUUCGUGCUGCACACAAACAUGAUGUAGGCCUCCCUCAAGGAGGAGCUCUAUCCACUGCCUUGUUUGUCGCCUUGACAUUGCUACUCUAUGAUGGGCUCUGCGAUGCUGAUUGUGCUUGUCAUGUCAAGGUGGAUGACAUUAUAGUUCCCAUGGUGGCAUCAGGGUUUGUGGACGACAUGGCCAUCUUCACGGGUGACCUGCCCGCUGCUCAGCGAGCCUUGGAUACAGCUUGUGAUUGGGCGAAUCACAUCCGCAUGAUCUUCAACCUUGGACCUGACAAAUCGGCACAGCUGGAUUUGCCACCAUCCGCCAACCAUCUUUCAAGUGACCUUUUCCUGUAUGGCAAACCUUUGCCCCGCACCUCCUCCUACAGAUACUUGGGUGCCCUCUUCACGGCUACCGGUUCCGUGGCAGCAGCCUUGAAAGACAUGGGUGAGAAGAUCCUUCGUAAAACUGGUAUCUUGGUGGGAUGGGGACGGGUGAACCAGGUCCCACUGGCCCAUCUUGUUCGCCUGUGGCUCCUCUAUGUGGAGCCCAUUGUGUGGUGGCUGGUUGCUGCUGUGCCGCUUACCGCUACCCAGGCUUCCUGGUUGGACCUGCUCCAGCGCAAAGCAGGCCGUCUGCUACUUGGUCAUCACAAGCGCUCACCUCGUCUUUCAUCGCUUGCCUGUUUGGGGUGGGUGCCUUGGUCAUGCCUGCUAGGGGCUAACCGCCUCGGGCUUUGGGGUCGCAUGAUGUAUGACGAUGGCAACCUCAUGCAGCAAAUCUUUGCGCUGGCCCGCACUGUAGAAGGCACUUGGGCUCACCAGGUCAGCGUUGACAUCCAGAACGUCUUCGCGCUUAACCAGCCAUCGGAUCCCACCACGUUUUGGGGCGACCUCAAGCGAUAUCGUCAAACAUGCAUGGAGCUAGGUUGGCGUGAAGUUGUGGAUGGCUGUACUGGACACUCUCGCCUCACUCACUUUCCGGUGCAGCUUGCUGAGCGUUCUGACUCCAAGACGGGCAUCUCUGAUCUGUUCACAUGCAUUGGUUUAUCUCUGGAUUGUUCCAUCGUCGUGCUUCGUCUAUUCUGUGGUGGACAGGGGUUACGGGCAGGUGACACCUGUGACGAUUCGCCAACCUCGCGUGGCAACUGUUGCUUAUUCUGCUUAAAGCAUGGCAGUCUGGCUUCCGAUACUUUGCGCCACUUCCUCUGUGAUUGCCCCCUAUCCACGGUGACAGACUCGGAAUCCACGGAUGACCUGACUGAUCUUUUGCUUCAUCCUGAUGCCUGGCUCACGGCAACAGCAUCGCGGAAGAGAGCUGAGGCCGCCGCGGAGAAGAAGACCGAGUUGACGAAGGCUGAGUGGCGCUACAACUGGCAGCUGCGCAUGCUCUUCACCGCAAAGACCGCACUGGCCAUCCAGUCGGAGAUUCUUGCAGCUUACCAGGAGCCGAGCUUCCAGGUUGCCUGUGAGGAGGUGAAUGCAAGCUGGGAAUCCAGAGAUUCCAAGAUGCCUCUCGAGCAGAAGAUGCAGAGCAUCGAGGCCCUGUGCCAAGAGCGGGCUUUGAACAGAAUACUGCCGAAGUACGGCUUCCGGGCAGACGCUUCUGGCAUAGCCCAGAUGAAAGAGGCCGUCGGCAGGUUCACCAAGGAAGACCCUGAGGUGAGAAGAAAGCAGAUGGAAAUCACCAGUGCAGUCAUGAAGAAGUUCAAGCUCUGA